CAUCCAGCCCCCGCCAAGGUGGAGGAGAAUGACGCUGAAUAUCUUCUCUCAUUAUUAUUCCCCCACCCCCUCCAUCCGUCUCCCACCACAGCUGGAUAAGCCAGCCCCUCACAGCUCCUCUCACAGAGCAGGGAUUUGAAGAUUGCAUCCUCACAUUUGUAAUCAGAGGAAGGAACGGAUUAUCUCCAUCUUGUUCUCUGCCGGGGGCUGCUGAGAAAAAGGAGGGAGAGCAGAGAGGAUGACAUGCAGCUCAGUGAAUGGAGUGUAGUCACAGAUAGAGAGGAGGGAGAGGUCACCUGUGGAUGUGAGCAGGGGGAGGAGGACCUGCACCCAUCAGCCGACACACCGAGGAGAGAAGAGCUCAGCAGGGAGGAUCUGUGAAGGUAUUCCAUGGCAGAAACCGGGGGUCCUGUGUCAGAGCUGAAGCCUGGAGGGGUGGCCGUCGCCCUCUCUGGUCAGCCCCUCUGUGACCCCUCCAGGACCUGGGCACAGCCGGCAGAAGCCUGCAGACCGGCGGCAGGAACAGCCUGCCCCCCCCCACAGGUGCUCCAUCAGGAACAUUCUGGAAGUGACGGCUUCAGUCUGAGGGUGGGGGGACAGGAAAAAAGCCAAUGUGAACACUUUGUGCCCUAUAAGGCUCCAAGCCCCCCCCAUAGUCUGGCAGAGAAACACACCCCCCAACAUUCAGACAAGGCCGUGGUGACUGCAGCAAUGCCCCCCCCUCAGGCUGGAGGGACGGUGCAGGGCAUAGAGCCCCCCUUCCUCCCUGUACACAGGAGCCAUCCAGACACUACGUACAGACCUGUAGCCCCCCUGCCUCCUCUCACAGAUACUUGUGGACUCUCUCACCAUGGGGGGGGGAGGAGUCAGGCCAGCCCCCCCAUGUUGGCUUGCAAGCAGCCCAUGCAGCUGCAGCAGUGCAGCAUCAUCACCACCACCUGCCGGGGGGGCAGCAGUGGAGACACACUACCUCACAGCAGGUGUGUCUGUGUCUCCGCCCCCCAGGCCACAGCCAGGAUGGUGGGUGUUGAAGAAAAACUCCCCCCUAAAUGUGAGCAGCCUCUGUGCUGCGGCUCCUACCAUGUGACCUUUGAGGACACGUUUGCAGCGUACUGCCACCCCCAGCCCCUCCCCGCACACCCCCAGCUGCUGCACCGUAUGGCAGGCGGAGAGCCACACUGUGACAUCCAGCGGGCAGGCCCCCCCCCCCUCAGUGACCAACCACCUCACCCUUCCCCGCCUCGUGUCCUCCGUCAGUGAGACAGGUCUGGACAGCAAACACCUGCACCGCUGCAGCCUGGGCCUCUCCUACAGCCGGCUGCCUGCACCCCCAGCUCCAAGGCACUUUGGUGGAGAGGAAUGCUGCAGCCAUGUCAGAACCACAACCCGGGACAUGGGGACCAUCACGACCCACAGACAGCUGAGGGAUGUGGGGGUGCAGACGGCGCCGACUGCGACCCCUCAUGUCUUCCCAGAGAUUUGUCUGGCGGAGGAGAGCAGGACACAGACUAACACUGACAGUGAUGGAGGCAGGAAGGGGGGCGGUGCUGCCAAGUCCCCGGUGAAGGAGGUAAAGUGGGAUGCUGAAGGGAUGACCUGGGAGGUGUAUGGGGCCUCAGUGGACCCAGAGGAGCUGGGCCUGGCCAUCCAGAAGCACCUGGAGCUGCAGAUCAAGGAGACAGCCAGCCACGCAGCCAAGCUGAGCCGCCAAAACACCAGCACCUCCCAGCAGGAGGGGGGGGGCUGUCAGAGGAAGAGGAGCAGGACAAUGGGCUCCAUCCGGGCCCCAGCCUGCUGCACCACAGCUGUGGACUAACCGGAGGAGGGGGGGAGACUAUUGUUGAACUAACAGCAGCUUUAUAUUUAAUUUGUUCUAUGUAUACAAUGUCAACUAUUGGAAUCAGGACUCGUGCAGCUGUGCAGUGUCAGUGAGUGCGUCUUCAACUAAACCUAAAGGACACGCACACACCUGAGCUGUGUGAGGCAGCAGUCCUGCAAUAAAUAUAUUUGCAACUCACAACGGAUGUGUAGAGGGUGUGUCACCCUGACCCUCCCCCUCUGAGACUGAAGCCUUCUCUUGAUGUGGAGCUGGGGGGGGGGGUGUUUAGAACAUGAGUGUACAUGACAGCAGAAGAGCAGGCCCUCAGUGAUUCAGUAUCACACUGCAGACAGUGUGACACGUUGUGUUGGUGCCUCCUUCUUGGUUUUCAGCUAAAAAAGACUGUAACAACAUUACACUAUAUCAAUAUCUGUAGAAUGUCAACAGAUUGAUUUCACACUCAUGACGUUAUAAUAAAUGAAACCCUCUUUUAUUGAUGGUUGUGAUUGUGAUUCCACUCUGGUUGAAACCUCCAUCAUGGAAACUCGGUAAUAAAAGAUGUGUAGAUCCCACUUUGUGUUGAUUUUUGUUUGUGUGUUUAAUAAAUGACUUUAACUUAU